UUUUGUGUGUGUUGUUUUCAUCCAAGAGGGACUUUUAAUUGCCCCACAAUGGUGAGAGGCAUCAAGUGAAAUUGCUGGACAAGUGCAGCAUUGGAUGAUCUUGGUGAACUCCGUAGAAAACUCGUUUUUACAUUUUGUGCAGAACCACAGUGCUUUUUUUUUGUCUUGUUGCCAUUAUACAAUUUUGUGGGCGAGACCGCGAUCGAAGUAUCUGAAUUUGUGUAUUUUCCUCAUCUCUCUCCUCCAUUUUCCCCCAUUUCCAAGUAAAUUUGCCCUCUGUGUGCUAUGUGAGGUGGAAAAUUUGGCAAAAGGGUGACGAUUUUGCCGAUAAACUUCAGUGUUUUGGGUGCACAAGAAUCCCCCAAGGAAGGGCCACUAUGGACUACUUUCAGGAAUAAAUUUUCCAAUUGCUAACACUGACUCUCUGAGGAAGAUCUGAAAAUGGAUCACGCUGUAAAGGCAGCCCGCGGAAGACCGUGGAAUAAGCUGCGCUUUGAAAAUGAUGAACUGGAAUGUCUUUAUCAGAGAUACACCCUCAAAUUGCAGCGUUUCUCUGUAAUGGGAGUGGUGGCUCUUGUAGUUAUGCUAUGUGGCGUUAUGGCAGCUCUUAGCCUAGGGUAUACCCAAACACCGACUGUUCAUAAUGUUUUCAAUUCACUACUAUGCUUGGUGUUCUCCAUAGUUCUGGCAUUACUGCAAUUUCGCAUUAUUCGCGACUCACAUCUUCCAUAUCUCUGCUAUUCCCUUCUAUUCUUCACGGCGGCAUUCUGUUUUAUCUCUAUGCCAACAGUGGGAAACAUUUUUCCAGUUGAUACGAAGGAGGUAAUGGCGGAAGGUGUAUGGCAAAUAGUAUUUGUCACCUUUUUGGCGUACGCUAUGAUGCCCCUACAGAUUUGGGAGGCAGUGAUAUUUGGCAUUAUUCUUCCCACAAUCCAUGUUGGCUUAACGGGUUAUAAAAUCUACACUGGAACAUUUCAAUAUAUGGAAUACAAUCAUUUAGCUGCCAAUAUUGUAAUGUUCAUUGGUGUAAAUGUGACGGGUCUGGUGGUUAAUAUUAUGAUGGAAAGAGCUCAGAGGAGAGCAUUUCUCGAUACUCGCAAUUGCAUCGCAGCUCGUCUCGAGAUGGAGGAUGAAAAUGAGAAGUUGGAGCGUUUGUUGCUCUCUGUAUUGCCACAGCAUGUCGCUAUGGAGAUGAAGAAUGAUAUUUUGUCUCCGGUUGAGGGACAAUUUCAUAAAAUCUACAUUCAGAAGCAUGAAAAUGUCAGUAUACUUUUUGCUGAUAUUGUGGGAUUUACUGUUUUGGCAUCUCAGUGUAGUGCACAGGAAUUAGUUCGACUGCUCAAUGAAUUGUUUGGGCGUUUUGAUCAAUUAGCCAAUGACAAUCAUUGUCUGCGAAUAAAGAUUCUGGGUGAUUGCUAUUACUGUGUAUCGGGAAUUCCGGAACCUAGGACAGAUCAUGCAAGAUGCGCCGUGGAGAUGGGAUUGGACAUGAUUGAUGCUAUUGCGUCUGUGGUGGAGGCAACAGAUGUCAUCCUCAACAUGCGUGUCGGAAUACAUUCUGGCCGGGUGCUGUGUGGUGUUCUGGGCCUACGGAAGUGGCAAUUUGACGUGUGGUCUAAUGAUGUCACACUGGCCAAUCAUAUGGAGUCGGGUGGGGAGCCCGGACGGGUCCAUGUUACACGAGAGACACUGGAUGCGCUCGGUGGUGAAUAUGAAGUGGAAACGGGUCAUGGAGGUACACGAGACUCGUAUUUGCGUGACAAUGCCGUCGAUACGUACUUCAUUGUGCCACCGCCUCACCGUAGAAAGCCACUGAUGCUCAAUACACUGGGCGUCCGGUCGGCUCUUGGUGCGGCAAAUCGACGAAAGUUGUCCUUCCGCAAUGUAUCAAAUGUUGUCGUCCAAUUGCUCCAUACCAUCAAGUAUUCAGUUCCUGUUCCAUUCUCACACAUGGCCACGGGCAACUAUCUGUCAUCCAGUGCCAAUUCCACGGGAAAUUUCAAUGACAAGGGAUCACGAAAGAAUAAAGUUACCGAGAAGUUUAAACGGCCCUUUAAAAAGCGCCACUCAAGUGUUUAUCACCAGCCAACAAAUCGUGUAAACAAAUAUUUAUCACAGGCCAUUGAGGCACGCAGUGUGGAUCGAGACAAGUCCAUUCAUGUGAAACGAAUCACCUUGCAAUUUCGUGACAAGGACAAAGAACGCCAGUAUCGGCAGGAUCUGGAUUUGGGGUUCACAACAGCCAUGGGUUGUAGUAUUUUGCUAUUGAUUCUCAGUGCAGCACUUCAAGUGUCAGCUCUACCACGAACGCUCAUCCUUCUGCUCCUAUUUCUCACUGCUUUCAUAUGGAUUAGUGCUAUUCUUAUGCUCCUGCUGGCUGUUCGUCUCAAGUGGAUUUAUUGGGAUUUGUCUCAGAGUUUCGUUCUUCGAUUGGCAAUCACCGUCUUCACCAUCAUACUACUCUACUCCGUGGGUCAAGUCAAUGUGUUCACCUGCGUUGCUGAAACGACUUGUGCGUCGAAUGUAACAACUCCGCGACCACCUCUUCAUGAAUUCAUGGCAGAAAGUGGAUCGAUGGAGUUGGACAAAAUUGUUCAUAGUCACAGGAAAUGUGCACUGCCGCAGUACAUAUCGCUGUCUGCGGCAUUUGCCUUCCUCUCGGUGUCGGUCUUUUUGCGAUUGCCAAUCCUGAUAAAGAGUACCGUGGUGAUUCUCAUGACAAUUGUCUAUGCAUUGUUCAUUGAAGUAUCUCAUCCGCACAUUUUCACCUGCUACGAUGAACGCUUCCAUGCGAUCAUUCCCCUGCAUACAAUUUCUCUGGCCAGAAUUAUCAUUUUCAUGGUGACAAUUCUGGCGCAUGGACGUCAAGUGGAAUGGACAGCACGUUUGGACUUUAUCUGGCAGCUGCAGGCAUCGCAGGAGAAGAAGGAGAUGGCUGUUUUGCAGCAAUCAAAUAAGAGAAUCCUCUACAAUUUACUUCCAGCCCAUGUGGCUUCGCAUUUUCUCGAUAAUCAAUUCAGGAAUAAUAUGUCAACCAUGGGACAGGAAUUGUAUCAUCAGAGUUAUGCCAAAGUCGGUGUGAUCUUCUGCAGUGUGCCCAAUUUCCAUGAAUUCUACACAGAAUUGGAUGGAUCUAAUCAGGGAGUAGAGUGUCUACGGUUGCUCAAUGAGAUCAUUGCGGAUUUUGAUGAAUUACUGUGCCAGGAGCGUUUUCAUGCCAUUGACAAAAUUAAGACAGUGGGCAGUACGUAUAUGGCAGCUGUUGGACUAAUUCCUGACUACAAGAUGGUCACGACAGAUCCCAAUUCCACCAGGCGUCACAUGACGGCUCUACUGGAGUUUGUCAAGGCAAUGCGUGUAACACUCCAGAAUAUCAAUGAAAACUCCUACAAUAAUUUUAUGUUGCGAGUGGGAGUGAAUGUGGGGCCAGUUGUUGCGGGCGUGAUUGGUGCCAGGAAGCCACAAUACGAUAUUUGGGGCAAUACAGUCAAUGUGGCGAGUCGCAUGGACUCAACCGGAAUUCCAGGGUUUACACAGGUAACACAGGAAGUUGUCGAUAGUCUACAGGGAUCACAUUUUGAGUUCAAGUGCCGCGGACAGAUUAAGGUUAAAGGGAAGGGUGACAUGAUCACGUACUUCCUGUGCGAACAAUCUCACACUAAUAUGCUCAAUGGAGAUCGUGAGUACAGGAGCACAAUGCCCGGUACCCGAUCCAAUAUGCAUCAGCAGCAGCAGGUCAAUAAUGGGCCGAAUCAGGCAAAUCACUCAAAUGCAGGUAACCACCAUGAUUAUUACCAAAAACGAUCGGAUUUAAAUGUGGUAGAGAAAAACUACCAUCCGAAUGUGAUAAAUGAGAAUUAUGUGAAGAAGGAGGCAUAUAAUUUUGUUGAGAGUCCAAAUCUCCUGCAACAUUCGGAGAAUAUGCGAGAGGAUAGCUACAAGUACAAGCAAAAUUUCAAUUUGCACAAUUAUGAAAAACCACGCGAACAGCCAUAUCAUCACAAUUUCAACAUCACCGAAAAUCCAAACAUCAACAAUUACGAAUAUAGCAAUUGUGCCAGGGAGAAUUUUACAAUUCGCGAUGGUGGAUACAAUAAUCAGAUUGGGAAAGAAAAUUUCAAUAAUCAUCAUCACCAUGGCUAUCAUCAAAUUGGUCAGUAUCAGAAUGGUAUGAGGAAGGAUCAUUUGAAUGUGAAAAAUCAUCUCAAUAAUAUGAAUUACUCAUCGUCGAGAGAAAGUGAUCUUCUGCUGCAGCAGGCUCCUGUGGCUAAGGUUGUUCCUCGGCAGCAUCAAGUGCACAGUACACCAAAAUAUGAACCACCACGUUAUGCCAGUCCGGCUAAUCUCAUGAAUCAUCAUCAUCACAUUCAGCAGCAGCAGCAGUUACCUCCACCGCAACCACAUGUGGCUUCAAUGGGCUACAUGAAACCUCUGCCCAAGUCACCGCCAGAGACAGAGGAUAAUCGUGAGAUGUCAUCGACAGAUGAUCUCAGUUCGAGACCGCAUUCACCGAGUGUGUCCUCGUCAGAUGAGAGUUACUCCAAGACGACGGAAAAUGAGGGAGAAGAGGAGAACUCACCGCAUCUGACACAUCAACAAUUUGCCAAGGCGAUGAAUCCACUGCAGUGGCUCUAUCCCUGUGAUAUUCAAGCUGAUCCCACGAGCAGUCCUAAACUCAGUCCCAUCGAUUUGAGCCAACUCAAGGACUUUGAGGUGAGUUCUACUACGGAGAGUCAGGCUGCAUCUACGGCUCACAACAAAGGUGAAUCGUGCAAUUCAUUUGAGUAUCAUGUGGACACGUGGAGUAAGAACAAGAGUCCUUUCGAACGUGAAAUUCAGCGUCUCCUGCAGGAAUCCACGGCAAAGGCCAACAAUUUAAACAAUGGGCGAAACGUGACUCCCAUAAAUUACUCAAACAACCGUCAAACUCACCAGCAACAACUCGACAAAUCCAAGUAUGAACUCGAGGGAAUUGAACCCAAGUCCAAUCACAGUUUACUCUUCAGCAAACAUCCGGUCGGACUGGAGGCCAUCAAGGAGAUUACCAGGAAUAAAAAUCCAUCUGAAUCAAGCCAAAUGCAAACUUCUGACACCGAAUCCUGUGAGAUUCUCCACGAUAACCAUCGUCAGAGCAAAGCUGCGGUGUCUGGUGUGGAGAAGGAAAAAAUCAAUGGAUCAGAAGAAAAUUUAGAUGAUGAUGGAGAGAUGGUUUACCACGAUGAUGAAAAUUAUGGUGCAACAAAUCAUCAAUCAAUAGACUCCAAUCACUGCGAGAUGGAGAGUCAAUCUGAGUGGAGUGACGAGGAGUGUCGGGAAGAAGCUACUGGUGGAGCAGAAAGUGCUGGAUAUAUUACGGAUGAGCCAGGACUGGAGAAUGUUUCUCUGCUCAAUGAGGCUGGUCUCACGGAUGCUGAGGGAGCUCUAUCGGACGUGAAUUCCCUGUACAAUGCACCAGAUGUUGAUGAUACAUCAAUUUCAAGUCGAGCCAGUUCGCGACUCUUGAGCCUGGACUCCCUCAGUGGACUCUAUGACUGUGAGUUGGAUGCUAAGCAUGAAAUGGCCAUAGUUAGUGCAUCACACAAGAUUACCAGUAAAUUUGGGCCACAGGUUUGAAUUUGCAUAGCACAAUUUGGAGGGUUUUUUUUGAGCCUCAUCCAAAAAAAAAAGAAAGAAAGAAAACAGAAACAAUUACAAUCUCGUGAAAAUGACUAAUGAAAUUUGUAAAUUAUUCUAGUUUUUAGAGAAGAAAGGGGAAAAAGUAAUGAAACGUGACAAGUAUUUAUGAGAAAACAGUACAUAUAAUUGUGUAAUUGCUACUAUAUUUUUUUUCUUUUUCAUUUACAAAUAUACAUUAUUUACUUUUUUUAUCUCGUGUAAUUAUCCUCGCGAUUUACUGUAAAUGGGGAGAGUAUCUCUAAAUUAUUUCUUUUUUUUUCGAUUCAUUCUGACUGAUAAGCGAAUAACUGCGUUUAAUUGUAGCUCAGCAGGAAGGAAGAUUUCUAUUGGUAGGCGUUUUUGAGAAUAAUUAUUAGGAAAUAUGGUGAAAAUGUUGUAAGGAACAAAAAAAGAAAGCAGCAUUGAUAAAAUGACUAAAUUAAGUAAAAUUAAAAGUUUAAAGAGAGAUUUGUUUAUUCUCUGUUUGCUUCAAAAGCAAAAAUCUUUAGUGCUUAAAUCAGGCAUAUUUAUCAACAUUGAGUUUCUGCGUAGAUCAAACUGAUCUUCAAAAUACAACCAAUAAAAUUUCAGACAGAAAAUGUUGGGAAAAAAAAUGAAAAUUGUGUGUGAUUCUAAAGAAAAUUGGAUUUUUUCAGUAAAAGAAAAAUUGUUUUUUUUAUACUUGUACGUUUUGAAUGACAAAAAAAAUCACACAAAUGAUUUUAAUCUGGUGCUAUUUUUGCCCUCUUUCAGAUCUGUUUUAUUAUAUAAUUGCAAAAAAAAAUCAAUUUUACAAAUUUUUAUUUUGUUUGUCGUAAGAGUGAAUUCUAAAAUGAACGUGCAAUUUCCAGAAAAUGAAGAAAUUUUUACAAUUUCAAGUAAUUUUCUUUUAGAAUGGGAAACGAGAAGCACAAAGUAAAAACGGAGAAAUUAUUCAACAGAAAAAAAAUGUGAAUUGUGACGCAAGGUGUUUCUUUUCACACCUAAGUGAAAAUGCUCUAAAUACUUCUUAGAAAAACAAAAA